CUGUGCUUGUGUUGUUGUCACGCUGAGAUACUCGCAGGUCAUUCAACUGGCAAUUUCAUUAUUCCAAUUAGUUGUAAUGGCAGAGAUGUUGCGUCCGUUUGUUGUAAAGUUUGUUGCUAGAGUGCUGCUGUUGCUGCUGAUUUGUUACUACAAAGGAAAACACAAUAAAAAAGUGGUCGAGUCCAUCCACAGUAGGAACAAAGAAUCCACUGAGACAAAGACUAUAGUUGACGUUAUCAACACAGAAAUAAAGAGCUUGAUCCUGGGAUCAUAACAUCAUAGCAAAAUGAAGGACAGAGACCAGGCCAUUGUCAGAGAUGCAAUUCAUUUGAGGGCCAUUCAGAGGUGUUGAAAAAAAAGUGCGAGAUGCGUAAUAUUCGAGUGUUGAGAAUAAAGAAAGCGUAUACGACGAGUGUCGUUCGAGUGCUGUUCAAAAGAAACGUGAGAUGCAGCAAAGCUGGAUUCUGAUGGAGCAUGUGCAAGAUGGCAUGGAGCAGUUCCAGUGUUGGAAUGGCGGCGAGCAGAACGUAAUAAAAAACAAGUAGAGCAAAAAGAAGU